CUUCGAAUGAGCUGCUGGAAAGUGUAAACAAAAGUGCAACUGUUGAGACGGUAUCAAUUGGAAAAAAUUUACAGGCAAAAUGGGAAAACACAGAGCUAUCCACUGGUUCAGAAAGGGCCUUCGUCUCCAUGACAACCCUGCUCUUCUGAAGGCUUGUGAGCAGGCUUCGGAACUGUACCCUAUCUUUGUUCUGGACCCUUGGUUUGCCUCGUCCCCUCAAUGUCAUGUCGGUUGCAACCGAUGGCGCUUUUUGCUGCAGGCAUUGCAAGAUUUAGAUCAAAGUCUUCAAUCUUUGAACCUAAGAUUGUUUGUCAUCCGGGGUCAGCCAGAGGUUGAGAUUGAAAAGUUGUGCCAGCAGUGGAGCAUCACAAAGUUGACAUAUGAGGCAGACACAGAACCGUAUGCAGUGCAGAGAGAUGCUAAAGUGGAAGCCCGGAUGGAAGCACUAGGAGUGGAGGUUAUUAAGUGUGUUUCUCACACACUGUUUGACGUUAACUUGACAGUAAAGAACAAUGGAGGCUGUGCCCCGCUCACCUAUCAAAAGUUUCAAAGCGUGCUGUCCAAAAUGGGUACACCUGCUAAAGCACUGCUUAGUCCAACUCUAACAGACCUCGAAGGUUGCAAAACGCCUGUGAGUUCAUCACAUGAUCAAUACUAUGGAGUACCUACACUGGAAGAGCUAGGGAAAUCAUCAUCCGAUUGUGGCCCUCUGCUUUUUCCUGGAGGAGAAACAGAAGCAUUGGAUAGAAUGGAACGACAUUUGAAGAAAAUUAAUUGGAUCUGCAACUUCGAGAAGCCCAAGACCUCACCUAACAGUUUGAGCCCCAGCACCACAGUACUCAGCCCCUACCUCAAGUUUGGCUGUCUCUCUCCACGACUCUUUUACCACCGUUUGCAGCAAGUUUACUCGGGAAAGAAACACUCACAACCUCCAGUUUCUCUCCACGGACAACUGUUGUGGAGAGAAUUCUUCUACACCGUGGGAGCGGUCACUCCCAACUUUGACCGCAUGAAGGGAAACCCUGUGUGCAGGCAGAUACCCUGGGGUUCAAAGCCUGAACAUUUGGAAGCCUGGACAGAGGCUCGGACUGGUUACCCGUUCAUUGAUGCUGUGAUGACACAGCUACGCCUGGAAGGCUGGAUACACCACUUGGCCAGACAUGCUGUGGCCUGCUUUCUCACACGUGGGGACUUGUGGGUCAGCUGGGAGCAAGGCAUGAAGGUGUUUGAAGAGUUGCUGCUGGACGCUGACUGGAGUCUAAAUGCUGGAAAUUGGAUGUGGCUCUCAGCAUCUGCUUUCUUCCACCAGUAUUUCCGUGUCUAUAGCCCCGUGGCUUUUGGCAAAAAGACAGACCCUAAUGGAGACUACCUCAGGAAGUACCUUCCUGUUUUGAAGAAGUUCCCAGCCAAGUACAUCUUUGAGCCAUGGUUGGCUCCCAGCUCUGUGCAGCAAGCAGCGGGUUGCAUUGUGGGCAAAGACUACCCACGACCCAUUGUGGACCAUGACAGGGCGAGACAGGAAAACAUAAAGAAGAUGGCAGCUGCAUAUGCGGCUGCCAAAUCAAGUAAUGAAGGCAGCCCAGUGAAGACGUCAGGAGGAGGGAAAAAAAAAUUGUCAACAGAGCUUGACAAGCAGCCGAAUAAGAAACUGAAAAAGUAGAUAGUGUUUGCUUAUGUUUUUAAAACGAAACAAACAAGCAUUCGUUUGUUAUUGCAUUUUAGUGCCGUUACAAUUAUGAUUACUGAUUAGUGGUAUUAUAUUGUGGGGUUUUCGUUUUCUUCCUAAUGGGAUAUAAUGAGUUCUACUGAAGUCCAGGCGAGUUUAGUUGAGGCAUGUUUUCAGAGUUUGUUAUAUUCUAAGAAAGCAAGAAUGUCUCAGUUUUAUUGGAAACACAUAUAUAGUGUUUAUCCUACUCUUGUUUCUGUUGUAAUUAUUGUGGUAGCAGCCUCCUGUACAGAAGAUGUGUUAACUUCGUCAUGAUCUGUUGCGACUGUUGUGUUAGCAGCGUCCUGCAGGUGGAUUGUUGAAGGUUGCCUCUGGUAGGUCUUACUUUGUUUCUUUCCCCCUGUUCUUUCUGUGCAUCUCUUUUUUUUCUGCCAGCGCUAAGUGAUUGUUGCUUCUCUUUAUCUGAACAAAAAAGCGUAAGCCUCUUGUAGAGCUAUUUUGUUAAAUUCAUGUUUCCAUUGUUUUUGUGUAAGCAGCCUUCUGCAAAGCUGCCAGUAUGAAGGACAGUUGCACGGGUUAUCAGUGUAGCAUACUAAGGCUACAAAGAUACUUGUUAUUUAGAUUAAAUAAAGUUAUCAGGGUCCAGUCAUUCUUUUCCCCAUCUAUCCUGUGUUUGGAGUCAAGUUUCUAGAUUUAGUUUUAAAAUAAGAAAAAUAGAAGGGAAGGGAUUUAUAAAGUUUUGCAAACAGCUUGCCACAUGGAUGAUAUGUUUCCUUCCUCAUUACUUUUAUGAUGUUGCAUUUUUAAAAAGCAACAUAUGACCAUAAAUGUGUUCAUUUCCUCUACUUUAUUUAACUGAAUUGCUCUGUUUUUAUAUUAUAAUGGUUAUAAGUAGGUGUGCAAUAUUGGGGAAUCAUCUUUUAUAAGUGUGAUAUGGGUCUGCCCUUUUUAGAAAACCUGGGACAGAUUUAGCUUCUGAAAAAUGACCAGAAUUGUACUAAUUGUGGUGGGCCUACUGUGUUGAAGUGGGAUUUUAAGCGCAGAGACCUAUUGUUUUCAUGUGCAGUCAAACCUGCUCUAUCAACCACCUGUAUAAGAUAAAUCACUUGUAAAAUCGGCCGCUUCCACUUCCUCUCUUGUGUAUUUUUUUUUUACAUAAAAAAUGACACUAUGUAAGAGGAUCACCUGUCUAAGACAGCCACUUUUCUCCUCGACAGUGGAUGGCUGCCUUACUUAAACAGUUUUGACUAUAUUUUAACCCCCAAAUGUCCAUGGAUGAGUAUACUCUACCGUUGACAACACCUCUUCCUUGGGCCAGUGAAAAGAAUACUAGCUUUGAAGAAAGGUUUUAAACAAACCUGUUCAACUUCCUUUGUCUAGUCCAUGUUUUCUUCGAAUUUUAAAAAAUAUAGAAAUCAACACCUUCUUUAAUUGUUUGCCAGGCACAUGUACAUUAAAAUGUAGAAUUAUUCCAAGGUCAUGGUAAUGGGCACAUUUUUUCUCAGUAAACUCAGUCAGCAGCGAUGUUCCUGACAAAUCUGCUGGCCACAAAAGUGUUACAGAAAUGAUCCUACUUAGGGCCUUGACAGACGAGCUGCACUUGUCGCACAGAAAAUGCCGCUUACUUUUGUGUGACAGCCACACGGGGUGACAUUUAACGCUACUGCUCAGUUCAACAAGGACGAUUGCAGAGUCAGGGCGGCGUUGGUCAUGGUGAUGAGAAGACUCUUUAAAAAAAAAAGAAAGUGAUAAAGAAGAUGUUGGGUUCAUCCCAUUGUUUCUCACAGAUUUCUAAGAGUAAGAGGACAGCUUUACACCUUAUAUGAAGAACCUCAAGAAGAUGUCAAGAUAAAAGUCAAAUAAAAUGGAAAAGUUGUUUACGUAUCUGUUUCUUCAAUGCAUCACUUGCAUCAUUAUAUUCUGGUCUGAGUGCUAGAUAUACAUCUCUCCGAACAUCAUGGAAAAAAAGAAAGAAA